CGCUGGUUUCUCGAAACAAAAAUGGAGCACAAAAAAUCGAUAUUGAAGAUAAAACCAACCCCCCUUCCUCUUUUCCCUGUUGAAGCUUCACUGCUUCACCGUGUGGUUCGAAGGGAGCUCUGCAACUAGAAUGGCUACGAUUAAGGAAGUGGUCGGUGGAACACCUUCCUCGUCACCCUCUUGAACAGUACAGACCCUUCUCCUUCGUCAUCCUCGUGAACCCUAGGGUUUAGGGAAUUAUUAUUUAUCCAGAAGAAGUCUAGAUUCGCCUGCGAAGAACGCAAGGAGCAGCAGAAUAGGGCCUCCUCUGUGUCUGAAACUGUACGAAUCCUUCCCCAUCUUCAUCCUCGUGAACCCUAGGGUUUACGAUCUACUUUUCAUCUCGUGAACCCAUAUGGCAGAUUCGCUUCAUCCUUGCAGAGAUUCGUCCAGAUUCGUCCAUGUCUCACCUCCAGAGAUAAAAGCGAGGUUUUCCCCUCAAAUCUGAAGAGUAUACCAUCACAUAUUCUCUGUUUGAAGGUUCGGCUACUCCUCCCACAUCCGAUCACUCACAUCUGCUCGAAUUUCCCGAUCAUGGUCAUAGCACAACUUAUCAAUUGCAUCCCUCUCUGUGACAUUCGCAUCCCAUCCCAUUGUAGCUGAUAUCUGUGCCCUUCAGAAAAAACAAGAUAUGAGAUCCCCAAGAUCCCCAACCUCCAAAAGUACUACUAUAAUCUGGAAUGAAGCAGAGCUAAGAUCAUUCAUCAAUCUCAUGGUUGAUAAUGUCCGAAAAUGAUUGAAGACAAACUCAACAUUUACAAAGGUUGGUUGGAACAACAUUACAAAAGGGCUUGAAGCCGAAUUCAAAAGGCCCUUUGCGAAGCAGCAAUUGUGUAAUAAGAUGAAUAAGUCACGCAAGGAGUACAACAGCUUCAGGGCUUUGUUAGAAACAACUGGUUUCGAAUGGGAUGCGAAUGCUCGGAUUGCCACAGCUGAUGAUUCAGUGUGGGAAUCUGCUAUUCAGGAAAACAAAGAUUGGGUAAAGUAUAGAAGAAUUGGUCUCCCCUUGUGGCCAGAGUUGUUAGAGAUCUUCUCCGACUCUAGUGCCCGUGAGGAUAGAGUUCUGUCACAGGCAACUGUUGUAACUCCAACGUCAACUAACCUUGAAAUUGAUGAUGAUUUACAUGACACUGAUAAUGAUGACAGUGAUGCUUGUACUGGGACACCCAAGGGCUCAGCUCCUCCGAAGCGGCAACUUGAUAGGACUCCUACGGAUCGUAGGAGGAAGAGCCACACACGGACCCUCACGAACUCCGCUGAGGACUUUAGAACCUUUGUCCGAUGGAGGAUGGAAAAGGGAUCAACCUCUGCCACCUCAGCAGUUACCCGACCACCUGACCCUAUUGUUGAUGGACCAUAUAGCAUGAUGAGCUGUCAGAAGCUACUGGACAGUUUGGAGGAUAUCCCGACGGAUUUGUAUGUGUUAGCGCAGCGUAAGAUACACAGUGACCCUGGAUGGCGCAUGUCUUUUAUUGAAGUGAGACCUGACAAGAGGUUAUGGAUGCUACAUGGUCUGAAGGAGUGAAAGUAACAGUUUCUAAAAUGAAUGGUUUGAAGGGAGCAUAAAUGAACAUAAUCUUUUGUUUGGAUUUUAUAUGCCUCAUACUGACUGACGCACUUAUUAAAUUUAGCCUCAUAUGGAUGAUGUUGAUGUUUGACUUAUGUUGCUUUGUUUUAAUUUGAUUGCAUGUGCUUCAGAUUUACAGUAGUAGACAUGACUGUUUAUGAUUGUGAAAUAUUAUGCUUUUUAUCUUA